AUGCAAAUAAGCACUUACUUGGGAGUCCAAGGGCCAGCAUUCUUGACUCUUGGUGGGACUUUUUUUCGCAGACUGCUCUCUGUAUUAUCUCCCUUAGUCCCGGCCACAACUCCAGUAGAUACGUCCUGUUAUUACCCUCACUGUAGUGAUGAAGGCAUCGAGACCCACAGAAGUUCCACAACUCGACCCAAGUCACACAGAAAUGUGAUGCCCAAGACCAUUGAGGGGCAGAUAACCAUGGAGAAGACCCCAAGUUACUUUGUGACAAAUGAGGCUCCCAAGCGCAUUCACUCCAUGGCCAAGGACAUCAAAUUGAUCGUGGUGGUGAGGAACCCCGUGACCAGGGCCAUUUCUGACUAUACGCAAACACUGUCAAAGAAACCCGAGAUCCCUACCUUCGAGGUGCUGGCCUUCAAAAACCGGACUCUGGGGCUGAUCGAUGCCUCGUGGAGCGCCAUCCGGAUUGGGAUCUAUGCCCUGCACCUGGAGAACUGGCUCCAGUACUUCCCUCUCUCACAGAUUCUCUUCGUCAGCGGUGAGCGACUCAUUGUGGACCCUGCCGGGGAAAUGGCCAAAGUACAGGAUUUUCUGGGCCUCAAGCGCGUUGUGACUGAGAAGCAUUUCUAUUUCAACAAAACCAAGGGAUUCCCUUGCCUCAAAAAGCCGGAAGACAGCAGUGCCCCACGGUGCCUAGGCAAGAGCAAAGGUCGGACUCAUCCCCGCAUCGACCCUGAUGUCAUCCACAGACUUCGGAAAUUCUACAAACCCUUCAACAUGAUGUUUUACCAAAUGACUGGACAAGAUUUCCAGUGGGAACAGGAGGAGGGUGACAAAUGAGGCUAGAGCUGUGGAGGGAAGGCCAGUGAAUACCAAGGGGGCUCUUUCCCUGAGACCUGAAUUCCCCGGGUUCUGCGGCUUCAGCCUUGUGGGAGUGCCAAGUAGAUCUCCUCUUUUGUGCAGUCAGGAUUGCCUCCAAAGCUGUUGGCUGGGGCAAAGGGGUGGAUCCCACAGCAUUCCCAGGGAGAAAGCAGGCUUGAUGUCUCUGGUUGACCAGAUGGCCACAGCACACACCAUUAAUUCUUCUACUAGUCAGUAGAAUGUGAAGGCAGCAUAGAUAUCUGUCAAUGUCAGAGACAGUGAGUGCAUGAGUGUUUGUUUGAGUGGCAAAAAAGAAAGACCUACUUUACAGGGGCUCCUAUGUUCGUUGGGGAACUUAGGUCUUAGACUUCUGUCUGGUCCUCGCACCUGAUGUCUAACCUUCUGCUUUGGCUGACUCCAGAAUGCUCUUUUUGGCUGAGUGCUCCAGGACUCUUAGGGAGCAGGGUCCUCCCUCUAAGGCAUUUCUAGUCUUUCAUCAAAGGCCUCAUACCAUGACCCCUGGCCUCCUCCUUCCGCACUGUAUGAAGGCAGAGGCAUGCACCUACGUUUCUCACCAAAACCAUAGCUAACGGUCCUAGAAGCUGUCCUUCUAAGAGCCCACUAAGGGCUCUCUCUUCAUGAGUAACCUGGAAUUAAGGAGAGGCUCUGCAUCCGUUAGAAUCAGGUCCAUAGGGCUGUUCUCAGAGAGGGAUGAUUACAACCGAGCCCAGAGCCCUGAGAUCAGUGGAGAUAAAUGGCAACAUAUAAGGGAGAAAGAAGAAAUUGAGUCCUCCUGGUGAGAAGUAUCCUUUCCCAAAGACCCUCUCCCCCAAGCACCAUGGUCCCCAGGCAUGCUUUUGGGGUAGACUCUGUCCCCUAGAGUCACCAAAGAGGCAAAGACCCGUAAGUUGGUGUGUCUACUGUUGUGAAUCACCCCUAGUGAAGCAGUGGGGAAGAAGCAGUCACCCUCUGUUUGUCUUACCACUGCCGUUCAGGGUCACCUCAUGGUUCAUUUUCGCUACUCAGAGAUGGCAUCUAAUGGGACAAUGGCAAGAGGGCUGAUUCCAUUUGUCAGAUUCAGUUUAAGGGGGGUGGGAGAGGUCAAGGGCUGUCUUCAGACACCCCUAUCAAGGGCUGCCGAGUAACGUGUCCCUUUCCAUUAGUUUGAUUCAAUUAAAAUACAGCAUUUGACAUAAAGCACUUGUUCACAUAGCUCCAAAACCAGGAAUUGUUCUAGUAAAAUUGGAAAUUUGUAUAAAUGGGGGAAGUUAAAUCUGUUCCACUGUUAUUAAACUGUCAUUUCUCCCGCUCAAUGAAAACUGUGUUGUUAUAAAGCUUCAUGCAAACCUGA